AUGUCUAGUGCGCAAUCCUCUAUUGAUAGCGAUGGAGAUGUUCGAGAUGCUGAUAUUCAUGUCGCACCACCCGUGGAAAAAGAGUGGUCAGAUGGAUUUGAUGACAACGAAGUCAUAAACGGGGAUAACGUUGAGCCACCAAAAAGAGGGCUCAUAGGUUAUCUUGUCAUUUACUUACUGUGUUAUCCAAUAUCCUUUGGGGGUUUCCUGCCUGGUUGGGAUAGUGGUAUCACAGCAGGUUUCAUUAACAUGGACAACUUUAAAAUGAACUUCGGUUCUUACAAGCAUAGCACUGGUGAAUAUUAUUUGAGCAACGUGCGUAUGGGUCUUCUUGUGGCUAUGUUCAGUAUUGGAUGUGCCAUAGGUGGCCUUAUUUUUGCCCGUCUUGCUGAUACUUUAGGUAGAAGGCUGGCAAUUGUGAUCGUGGUGUUGGUAUAUAUGGUUGGUGCAAUUAUUCAGAUCAGUUCAAAUCACAAAUGGUACCAGUACUUUGUCGGUAAGAUCAUCUACGGUCUUGGUGCUGGUGGCUGUUCGGUGUUGUGUCCAAUGCUUUUGUCUGAAAUAGCCCCCACAGAUUUGAGAGGUGGACUGGUCUCAUUGUACCAACUGAACAUGACGUUCGGUAUUUUCUUGGGUUAUUGUAGCGUUUAUGGUACGAGAAAAUACGAUAACACUGCACAAUGGAGAGUCCCCCUUGGGCUUUGCUUUUUAUGGGCUUUGAUUAUCAUCAUUGGUAUGUUAUUGGUUCCAGAGUCCCCAAGAUAUCUGAUUGAAUGUGAGAGACACGAAGAGGCCCGUGCUUCCAUUGCCAAAAUCAACAAGGUUUCACCAGAGGAUCCAUGGGUACUCAAACAGGCUGAUGAAAUCAACGCCGGUGUCCUUGCCCAAAGGGAACUAGGAGAAGCUUCAUGGAAAGAACUUUUCUCUGUAAAAACUAAAGUCCUUCAACGUUUGAUCACAGGUAUUCUUGUGCAAACCUUUUUGCAACUUACUGGUGAAAACUACUUCUUCUUCUACGGAACUACCAUUUUUAAAUCAGUCGGUCUUACUGAUGGGUUUGAGACGUCGAUCGUCCUAGGUACAGUGAACUUCUUCUCCACUAUUAUUGCUGUUAUGGUCGUAGACAAAAUUGGCCGUCGUAAAUGUCUGUUAUUUGGUGCAGCUGGGAUGAUGGCUUGUAUGGUCAUAUUUGCAAGUAUCGGGGUGAAAUGUCUUUACCCUCAUGGCCAGGACGGUCCUUCUUCGAAAGGUGCAGGUAAUGCCAUGAUUGUGUUCACUUGUUUCUAUAUAUUCUGCUUUGCAACGACAUGGGCUCCUGUUGCUUAUAUUGUGGUUGCCGAGUCGUUCCCUUCGAAGGUCAAGUCUAGAGCCAUGUCGAUUUCAACUGCAUGCAACUGGUUAUGGCAAUUUUUGAUCGGUUUUUUCACACCAUUCAUUACUGGGUCUAUCCACUUCUAUUAUGGUUAUGUGUUCGUAGGUUGUUUGGUUGCUAUGUUUUUGUACGUUUUCUUCUUUUUACCAGAAACGAUUGGUCUAUCUUUGGAGGAAAUCCAAUUACUAUACGAAGAAGGUAUAAAACCAUGGAAAUCUGCAUCUUGGGUCCCACCUUCUAGGAGAGGUAUUUCUUCCGAAGAAAGUAAGACCGAGAAGAAGGAUUGGAAGAAAUUUUUGAAGUUCUCAAAGAAUUCUGAUUGA